GUGUUCCUCACCUGUGGAAUUAAUUAUCUCCACAAAAGAUAGAGGAUCGUCCGUCUGGCCUCUCCUCAUUUCUGUGCUAGGCAGCUGUGGCACAACGUUUGCACGGGAUUCUAACGAGGAGCCUCUUGGAGUUGUUUCUCUUUCUGCAAAAUGCCGAGCCAGCUUGAGGGUGCCAUGGGUGCACUAAUCACGGUUUUCUACAACUACUCUGGGAACGACGGAGAUAAACACAAGCUCAACAAAGGAGAGCUCAAGCAGCUCUUGAACAGCGAGCUCACGGACUUCCUCACGUCUCAGAAAGAUCCCAUGCUGGUGGAGAAAAUCAUGAACGACCUGGACUCGAACAAAGACAACGAGGUGGAUUUCAACGAGUUUGUGGUGUUGGUGGCAGCUCUGACCGUGGCCUGCAACGACUUCUUCCAAGAGCAGAACAGGAAUGCUAAAUAGACAUCUGCAGCCAAUCCACUGGAAACCAAAUGUAAAUCUCAAAUCUGUAGCGUAAUCGUUCAUUUCUCCUCUGUUGCAUAGACGAUUCCUCCCGCCCUACCUGCUUAAAAUAGAUAGGCAUAGAGUAGUUGUUACUGCUAAUUAGUCCUAUGACAUUUCCCUUUAAAAACACUGUUGUCAUCUAAAACCGUGUCUGUGUCUCUAUUAGCAUUUUUGUCCCAACAGAUGCCUUUGUCGACGUUCUCCUUCUUCCUCAACAUUAAAUGUCAAAUGUAUAAUAUCUGAUAUUUCCCUGAUGGUUCAUUAGGCAGGAAACAUUUUUCUCCCCUGUCAGUUUAGCUCCUAGCUCCCACGAGAAAUGUUCUCCAACCCCCUGUGCUGUGCCAGGUUAGAGUCAUGGAAAAAGUCUACGAGUUCGCAAUAAACAUGU